UUUUCAUUUCUUUCGUUCUUUGUAAAAACCAAAUUUAGCCGCCAUUGAAGCUCUUUUGCGCCUCUUCUUCUGCUAGUUCAACAAGAUGAGUAAACAAGGUCCUCCAAAGCACCAGAACAAAUUCGCAUGGAAACCUAACCUAGGCCGCAAAAUCAAUGAAACGGAACCAGGUGGGAGAUUCAGGCCAUUAUCGGAAGUAACAGGGGUUUGCCCUCGUUGUAGAGAUCAAAUUGAAUGGAAGCGCAAAUAUGGAAAAUAUAAACCCCUUGUUGAACCCUCUAAAUGUCAGAAGUGUUCUAAAAGGGCUGUUCGUCAAGCUUACCAUAACCUGUGCACUGGCUGUGCUAAAGAACAAGGUGUAUGUGCUAAGUGUUGUAGUCGUGUGGGUCAUCUUGUUGGAAGGGACUCGGUAGAAGUAGAAGCUGAGCAGAAGGUGCUUGAGGAGGCAAUAAAGAAUGCUCGUGAGAGGGAUAGGAGGACGUUAUUGCGUUCUAUGAACAAGGAUAAAUCCAAAGGAGAAGACAAAGCCCCAGCUGCUGUUCAGGAGGGGAAAGUUGAGGAAUUAUUCUCUGCUGUAUCUCUGGAUGAAUAUGCGGAAUUGAGCAGAGAUGAUAUAGAUGGUGGUGAUUGUGAACAUGAUCAAGAUGUCAAGAUCUGUAACUAAGCCAAUGACAAUUGUAUGUUUAAAGAUGGAAUUUAGAGUGGUUUUACACCGUGUGUGGAGUUUUGAUAAUGUGACUGUUAUUCAUGAAACGAUGAUUUCCAUUUCCCUGUCA